AUGGUGUCCUGGAGCGACAGUGAGAGCACUGACGGCUCCGGCGCGCAGUACAUCUCCUCCGACGACUCCCCUCUCAAGAUCCCAGCUAUAAUUGAUGAGCCGUCGUUCGAGGGUCUUGCUGACGACUUGAAUGUGAUUUGUGAGCAUGGGAAUCCAGGGAGGAAGUAUGUUGCAUUUGAGGGGAUAAGCACUGGUAGGAGGUUCAUUGCCUGUGCCACUGAAGGUGUUGGAAAUUGUGGAUUAGUGCAGUGGGUAGAUGAGCAUUGGCCAGAGGAUCUGCAGAAUGCUAUUCAUAAGCUGUGGCUUAUGUAUGAGCAUAGCCAGCAUGAAAACAAGAUGGCAUGCCUGGAGCAUUCAAGCACUGAGACAUAUGAGAAGCUUGUUGAAGAUGUGAACAACCUCUUGGAUUAUAAGGAUAGCCAGCCUGAGGUAAACCAGAAGAAUGAUGCUGAGAACAUUUCAGUUAGUGUGGAAAGCAGCAUGACAAAGGAUGCUGAGAUCAAAAAAUUAAAGGCUGUUGUUGACCAGUUAAAGCAAAUUCAUGUAGCUCAAGCCACUGUCAUUAGGAAUUUGAAGUUCAACCAUCUUAAAGAGAAGGAAAAGUUGACCUCUGAUAAGAGGACUUUGAAGAUUUGCUAUGCUGACCUGAAGAAAGAGAAGGAUGACCUGAAGAAAGAGAAGGAUAAGCUGGAUUGUUGCAUUGCUGAGCUGAUGAAAGUGAAGGAGAAGUUGACCAUGGAGAAGAGUACUCUUGCUUCCUGCAUUGUUGAGCUCAAGACAGCAGGUGAUAGCAACAAGAGGAAGCUUCACCAGAUUAAGGCUAUUUGUGAUGAGGACUAAGUUGUGUUGCUGUCUGACCAUGUGUGUCAAUGAUGUCUUUUGUAGUAGCUAUGGAGGAAAGCUUGUAAUGUGUUAAGCUUUAUUGUGGUGAACUCUAUUAUUUCUGUAGCAAUGAACCUUGGAUUGUAUGUUGUUUGUGAGAGUACUCUGUUUGUGAUGAAUUAUCAG